GACAACCUCCUUUCAGGUGCAAAAAAGGACAUCAUCGAUUACAAAAAGGAACUGAGGAAAACCGGAGGUGGUCCACCACCACGUGAACUGCCUGCUCUCACAAAAAAAAAAUAUGGGAGGUUUUCGGAGAAGACUCACCAUCGUUGGGAGGACAAGAAUUUGGUAUCGAGUCUGGAUUAGAAAUAGAAAUGGCUCCUGCAAUACAUAAGCCAGCAAAUGCUGAUGAGGAGGUUGAAAGCAGCUUCCCAAUUCCAGCUGAUUCUGAUGAAAAUAUGUCAUGGCUGCCCAGAAUAAGCCCUAGUCCAUCUUCCACUGGCUGCCCUACUUCCACUCCAACAUCAAGUCGAUGUCCUACUCCAAAUGAAGCAAUAGUUCCAGUUAUCCGGAAGCGUAAAGUAGUGGAUACUUCAGAUACAGUGGUGGAAAUUCACACCCUUCACAAAGAGGUUCUCCAGGCUGAAAAAGAAAAACUUGGACUGGAGCAAAAGAAGCUUAAGUUGGAAAUCGAUAAAUUAUCCUUGGAAAUAGAAGUAUUGAAGCAGAAGAAACAAGAUCAGUGGAAACAGCAGCAACAACAGAUUGCCCAGUUUGGGGAUUCCAACAAAGGCAACAGCUGUAGUAAUAUGUACAGUACAACUUCCAACACCUAUAGACAAAUGUAACUCUAACGUGCCUCAAAAUAUUUAUAUCAGAAAUACUGACAAUCAAAUCAUAACAUUUGCAUCAGAUCAGUGAAGCAAUCCUUUUAUAAUUAUUUUUACUGCAGUUGUUCAUAUGCUGACAACAUAAGGUCAUUGCUGGAAAGUGUGACAUAUAUUUUUUUGUUAUUAUUUAAAUUAAAAUUUGGUACAUUCCAUAAAAAGAUUAUCCUACAUCAGGUUGAACCACUGCUAUUUAUGUGUUUCAAAUGUAUUACACUUGAGUCAGAUAAACAUUGAUGUACA